AUGGGUUAUCACGAGAAUGUUUGUCAAAUUUGUGCUGUAUCAUUCAAUCUAGCAAGGUGCCGCACAAAAUAUGAACCACCAGAGGCUGCUUGGGGCUAUUCGACUGGUUUGUAUUAUGCUGGAGAAGCGGAAACCUGCUUUGAUUUGUCAGAAGAAACUGGCUGUGAGGAAACUUCUAUAAAUGGACGAACAAAUGCGCAUAUUGCUGGUCCAAAUUGUGUUUUCGAUGGGGGCUACAGUGGAUAUCGUAUAUCAGUGGCACAAAUGAAGGAUAUGAGGCUAUCUCGUUACAUCAUUAAGAAACCAGAAAACCUCUCUGAAGAGGAAGGUGCACCAGACUAUGAAAAAUGCAGUGAUUACUUUAUCACCAAUCAGUCAAUCAGCACCCAAGAUGAUUGGGAGCCGGGUGCCUUACCCCGUUACCGUUACGGUGUCAAUUCGUUCAUGGCUAUGAAUUGUGAGAUUAUCGAGGAAGACGGGUUCUCUCGUGGCGUUCCAGUUCACGAUUCAUGCUGGAAAAUCUUCGAACGUGUUUCAAGAAUUCGACUGGGGAGGGUUGACCUCCAAGGAUUUAUGGCCCUUUGGCAUAGGUCUGCAUGCUCAAAUUGUGGUUUCCAAAAUAUCAAACAGGAAUCCAUAUUAAGAGAGUGCAAACAGCAGUGGUGGAGUCAUAUUCCUGGCUCGGAAUAUCUUGCGGCCAAUCCUCACGACAUUCCGGGAUUUUCUCUCAUAUUAUCAGAGGCAUAUGAACAUCAAAGUCAUUGUGAUAAGAGUAAGGGCUCUGUUUGGCGCAAGAAACAAUUCAAUGGAAAUGUAUCGCAGCUAUAUGUGAACUCAACAGAUCAUUUUAACAAGCUCCCGAUCGAACUCAGGCACAUAAUUUUAUACCAACUUGAAUCUAAGGAUAUCGCAAACCUCCGCCUGGUAAGUCGCGCAUUUCGUCAACUCCCCCAGCAGCUGUUUAGACAUCUCCUUGUGAAGGAGCUUCCAUGGUUCUGGGAGAUCGAUCAGAUUCAACAACGCAAAAUGGAACAAUAUCGAAAAAUGCUCCUCGAUCUAUAUGGAAAAGAUCUCGCGGGACUUGAGGGAAGAGACGACUUUGAGUAUGUGCAAUUUGUUAAAGAUUGUGUCGCUAUGAAACCGCCAAGUUUUGUUUGGAAGCGAGUUUAUGAUCGAGUCAAACUUUUGCAGAAAGGGAACCUGAGCGUGAGGAAUAGGGUAAGAGUCUGGGGAUUAGCGGAGAGAAUAGCUGAACGCAUUGGUCAUUUGAGAGGUAUGGAAAUUGCCGGAAAAGGGUACAAUCCAAGGUACGAUGAGGAUAAUUUGCAGGUCAAGCCUACGAAGCAAGAAGUUGAUAGUGGCGCCGUCAAUCAUGGGCAUGAAUGUAGUGAGUGUAAUUACUACCAGGUUGAGAGAAUGGAGGAUAUCGAGCGAAUGCUAGAUGCAUAG